UCACUGCAUCACCAUGGCGCCGAAUCUCACAGCGGACGAAAUCGACGACGUGAUUUAUUUCGCCAGAGUAGGAGAGAAUGAGGAUCUUGUCGAGACCCUGAAGACGCUGUCAGAGCGCGAGAAGGUGUCACCAGCUGAGAUCCUGUUGGCCGCCAAGGAUGAGGGCAAAUCCACGGCUUUACACAUGGCGGCGGGCAACGGACACCUAGAGACUGUCCGCAAACUCAUCCAGUACUUCGAUGAGAGACCCCACGAGGAGAAGCAGACCUUCCUGGACGACGCCAAUGAGCACGGAAACACAGGCCUUCACUGGGCGGCCCUCGGCGGCCACCUGGACGUGGUCAAGCUCCUGAUGGAACACGGCGCGCUGCCGGCGCUGGCCAACGAGCGCAACUAUGUGCCCCUCGACCUGGCAAACUUCAACAACCACAACAACGUGGCGCAGCACUUCUUGGCGUCGGCGGGGAUGCUGGAGGAGAAGAAUCAGGAGAGCGGGCUGAAUGGUGCUGUUGAGUCUGUGAAGCUCGAGGAUGGGGAGGGUGGAGUGGAGGAGGAGAAUAAGGCUGAGGCGUCAUGAGGGAUGAGGCCUGUCGUGACGGAUGAAGAUACCAUAUAUGGAUUGCUUGAGGUUUGGCAAAGUACAUCAUCUCGGUCCGGAUAGAUUCGAAAGAGCAAUAUACUCUUGA